ACACCGAAGCAAGAAGCAUUGCUACAAUAAAUUACAAAUUUCAUACAAAAAUUAAAUUUUAUUUAAUGAGAAAAAAAAACACCCCAAAGCAGGAAGCCAAUUUCUAAUAGAUUAUACAAACAUGACACUUUAUUUUCUAUUUUGUAAGUUCAAAAAUAUACUCUAAAUACCCCAAAUCCCAAUCUUAAAGAGACCAAAAUCAGGCGAGGCCAAAAGCAGGGUAAACUAAACCAAACUGGCACAAUGCGACCGCCAUCUCUACACUCGAGUUUCUUCUCCUCUCUCAAACAGGUUGAAAAAAGAUUGAAACUAGAAACUCUACCAGAUUCAGGACCAUCCAAUUCCACUUCUUCCAAAGUUCCAGAAACUAAUCUUACACCAACAGAAUCUUUAGGCACGCCACUUUACCUACAGUUAGACCAGCCUACCAACGUCUACACAGGCAAUACUCUCCAAGACAGCAGUGAACCCCCACAAGCUUUCCUCUCUUCUUCACCAAAAUUCCUUCCAAUACAUCAAACCCCGCCCCAAAUAAACCCUCCAGAUCCGCCCACGAUAACCAACGACGUCGAGGAUAUCGAAUUUUUUAUGCAACUAUUGGGUUUAUCAGAUAAUCAGGAAGAAACCCAGAAAAGAAAGAAACAAGAGGUUGUUGCUUGUGGAGGAAAUUCUUGUGGAUGUGAGUGUGGAUUUUUUGAGAAGAUUGUUGGGGUUAAGGGACCAAAGUGUGAGAAGGAAGUGAAAAGAAUGGGGGGUUGGAUUAGAUACUUUUUGAGGAAUGGCAGCGAGCCAUUAAGGCUGGCUUUUUUGCUUAUGGGUAAGGCUGCUUUCGAGGGUGGUGAUGAUUGUGAUUUUGAAAGCCUAGAGUUUCCUUCUGCUAUAGAAGAGUUCUUGAAGAUUGACCCACCUAAGGACUGAGGCACACCAGGAUUUUUAUUGAGUGGCUUUUCUUUGCAUUUGUCUCCUCUUCUUCUUUCCCUAUGCUAGAAGUUUGUUUGUUGAAGCGUUUGAAAUUGCAUAUCAUCAUUUCAUGUCGGUCUGUUGUAGGAGAGGCCGAGUAAUUGGUAUGUAAAAAAUUAAAAAUACUAUCUUUUGUUUUUGGUAUCUGAAAUUAUUACUGUUUUCACUGUA